GACAGGAUCUGGAAGGGCAGGGGAGAGGAGCCCGAGGAACAUGGGACAGGACACCCCCAAAUCCGGCCCUCGCCGUGCCUGGUCUGGGCCCAUUCGCCGGCUCCUGACAAUUGCUUUUGCCCUGCUGAUCCUGGGUGUCAUGACUUGGGCCUAUGCUGUGGGUGUCCCCUUGGCCUCCGACCAUUAUGGCCUCCUAGCCUUUGGCCUCUAUGGAGCCUUUCUCUCUGCACACCUGGUGGCCCAGAGCCUCUUUGCCUACCUGGAGCACCGGCAAGUUGCCUCCCAGGCAGCCCAGGGGAAGCCAAAAUGCUCCCGAAGGGUGGCAUUAACCAUCUCUGCCUACCAAGAGGACGCUGACUACCUGCGGCAGUGCCUGCUGUCGGCCCAGGCUCUGCAGUACCCAAGGGAGCGCCUCCGCGUGCUGAUGGUUGUGGAUGGCAACCGGGAGGAGGACAUGUACAUGGUGGAGAUGUUCCGGGAAGUGUUCGAAGCAGAGAACCCUGCCACCUAUGUGUGGGACGGAAAUUAUCACCAGCCAUGGGCCCCCCAAGUGUCUGGGGGCAGCGGCAAAGCUGGGGAGGUGGAGGCCGGUGGCUAUGCAGAGGUAGAGGCUGAGGACCCAGGACGGCUCACCGUGGAGGCCCUAGUGAGGAGCCACCGAUGCGUGUGCGUGGCUCAACGCUGGGGUGGCAAGCGAGAGGUCAUGUACACGGCUUUCAAGGCCCUCGGGGACUCAGUGGACUACGUGCAGGUGUGUGACUCAGACACGAGGCUGGAUCCCAUGGCCCUGCUGGAGUUGUCCCGAGUGCUGGAUGAGGACGUGACUGUUGGAGCUGUGGGUGGGGAUGUGCGGAUUCUCAAUCCUCUGGACUCCUGGGUCAGCUUCCUGAGCAGCCUCAGGUACUGGGUGGCCUUCAACGUCGAGCGAGCCUGCCAGAGCUACUUCCGAUGCGUGUCUUGUGUCAGUGGCCCUCUUGGUCUGUAUAGGAAUGACUUGUUGCAGCAGUUCCUGGAGGCCUGGUACAACCAGAAGUUCCUGGGCACCCACUGCACUUUUGGGGAUGACCGCCAUCUCACCAACCGAAUGCUCAGUAUGGGCUAUGCAACCAAGUACACGUCGCUGUCCCGCUGCUACUCGGAGACGCCGGCGUCUUUCCUGCGUUGGCUGAGCCAGCAGACACGCUGGUCCAAGUCGUAUUUCCGCGAGUGGCUAUACAACGCCCUGUGGUGGCACCGGCACCACGCGUGGAUGACCUACGAGGCCGUGGUGUCCGGCCUCUUUCCGUUCUUCGUGGCGGCCACGGUGCUGCGCCUCUUCUACGCGGGCUCGCCGUGGGCCCUGCUCUGGGUGCUUCUGUGCGUGCAGGGCGUGGCGGCGGCCAAGGCGGCCUUCGCUGCGUGGCUGCGGGGCUCGCCACGCAUGCUGCUUCUCUCGCUCUACGCGCCCCUCUACAUGGGCGGUCUCCUGCCUGCCAAGUUCCUGGCGCUGCUCACCAUGAACCAGAGCGGCUGGGGCACUUCGGGCCGCCGGCGCCUGGCCGCCAACUACGCGCCGGCCCUGCCGCUGGCUAUCUGGGCCGCGCUGCUGCUCGGGGGCCUGCUGCGCAGCAUAAUCCACGAGGCCCAAGCAGACUGGACCAGCGAGGCGCGCAGCACCGAGGCGAGCUACCUCGCUGUGGGAGCAGCCGCCUACGUGGCCUAUUGGGCGCUCAUGCUGGCUCUUUAUUGGGGGGGAGUCCGCAGGCUCUGCCGGCCCAGGUCUGGGGGCUACCAGGUGUCCGUGUGACUGUCCUCAGGGAGGCAGUCCCGUGGUGGCCGCGAGAUAGGAACUACGAGGACUUAUGUUCGGUCGUAGCUCGAUCACUCUCUGGGGGACUAUGGGCAUGACACUUUACCUCGAUGGGCCUCAGUUUUCUCAUCUGUAAAAUGAGCACGUCAGACCAGGGGACCUCUAAGUCUAAGCCUAAGAUCCUGUGACCUGGCCUGCUUCUUGCUACUACUUAGGUGACCUUGGACGAAUCAUUUCCAGUCUCCUGACCUCUGAUUCCUCAUAUGAAGGAGUCUGGACUCAACUCUUCACGUGGGAAGGUGUAGGACCCAGACUAGAUCUCCGAGGGCCCUCCCAGCACUAUGAUCCUUUGAAUCUUCUUUCAUCCACCAGGCAGCUGGGUGCUGACACCCUUGGGUCAGUCUCUCGGCCUCGCCGCCUGACUAGCUGUGCGACUUUGGGAAGGGCACUUGCCCUCCCAGGCCUCAGCUUUCUCCUCUAGACAAACUUUGGGCAUGGGGUAGCGUACAGCUCAGGGAUUGGCUCUUGGCUUUCCUUUGUGAUUUUAGGUGUUAGAUGUAAAAUGGAGGGUAAGGGUGAGACUUAACCUGGACACUCUCCUAGGGUUCUUUCCAGCUAUGGUGUGUAUUUAAAUUCUCUUCAUAGAGCUCUGGCCCCUUGGGAUGUGUCAGAGAUGGACAGGGUGCUCCCAGGGUCUCCCUACGUUCCCCAAUGUUCUCACUCUGGAAGUGAACACUACAAUUCCCAGCAAGCCUUGCUGUUGACCUCGUGCAGCCCCCCCAUGGGAAUUGUAGUUUGAUUCGCUGCUCGGGGCUAGGCUGGGCUGGGGACUCCUGUGUCGUGAG